CUAUCGUCUCAUUUGUGAGUCGGGUCCACAAAAUAAAUGGUCCAGAACGCACAUACUGGUUUCAGCAAGGAAAGAUGAUCAAAAAUGACCUGGGUCAUCUUUUCAAACCCACCACCUCACAGACGGAAAAUGGUCCAACAGAUAUUUGUAGUAAAUUCCAGUUGCUGCAUCCAUUUACUUGUAUGGUGGGAGGAACUACAGGAUGUGGAAAAACCUUUUGGGUACAGCAGUUAUUGGAGCAUGCGCAAGUGAUGAUCAACCCUCCACCUCAGCGUAUUGUAUACUGUUAUUCUCAAUGGCAACCGGCCUAWUUAGAAAUGUUAAGAACCGUGCCUGGCAUUGAAUUUAUCAGAGGUAUUCCGCAGGAACUGGAUCAAGAUCAUUUUUUUGAUGUAAAUGUACGAAAUCUUAUAAUGAUCGAUGACCAGAUGACCGAAACUGGGAAUGAUAAGCGAGUUUUAAACUUGUUCACUAAAGGAUCGCAUCAUCGCAACCUGAGUGUCAUCUACAUGGUACAGAACAUCUUUCAUCAAGGAAAAGUUAAUCGAGGCAUUAGUUUGAAUUGUCAUUAUUUGGCUAUAUUCAAGAAUCCAAGAGAUAAACUUCAAAUUCUCAAUCUAGCCAAGCAAAUGUAUCCUGGAAAAACUGAAUAUUUUCUGCAAAAAUAUGAACAAGCUGUGAGUAGACCUUAUGGAUAUCUCUUCACUGACUUGAAGACAACCACCCCAGACGACUGCAGACUGAGAACCAAUGUCUUCCCUGGAGAGAAGAAAGAGCAAGAGAAAAAUGUACCUGAGGAAUUGCUUCAUUACCUUUGUAGGCAGAAUCUUGUACUACCCCCAGAGAUUUCGAGAAUGCAAAGCUUGAAAGAUCAAAUGAAUACCCUUCUAAAGGAUCCUAAUAUGGACAAAAGUCAAAAAGCAAGGCAAUACGUUCAACUCCAGAACAAU